AUGGAGUGGUCCAGGGACCACUUAUACCUGAGAUGGACUACAGAUCAUCAUAUUCCAGAAUUGGAAAUCCAAGUCAAAUGUAAUAAGACAGUCUCACUGAAAAACCAAGAGUAUCACUUGUACUUCAGGGGAUCUUAUCAACAGCAAGCACCUGUGAUGGAUUUCCAGGUGGAACUGAGGCAGACAUUCUUAGCUGAGUGA